UACAGCAGCUCGUAGCAAGUGCUGUGGCUAAUUCCAGACCAAAGGGGAAGCAGGAUAAGAGGAAAUUUAUGAGUAAGCUCUUGAAGUAAUGAAACGAAAGUAAUGCUGAUUGGCCUCAUUUACAGCAGUUCAAAAGCUGAUCGGCAUCGCUGAAGUAGUGAAGGAUCAACUGACAAUCAUUUCCGUGGCGAGGAGCAGAGCUGACCUGCAGGACACAGCACGGGGGGUCUGGGCACAGGGGACCACAGAUGCCGGCCCCCAUGUCCCCUCCCAGCAUCGUCCGGACAUCCCGCUGGCCCUGCUGGGGCACCAGCCCAGCUUCCUUGGGAAAUGGGGUACACGGUGCCAAGCGAUGACCAGAGCAGCUCGCCAGCUUGGGUUUUUUGCUUCUGUAAAAUGGGGAGACAAAGCUGGAGAGCGGGACACAUUGGUUGUGCUUCCCUGAGCCGCUCCCACUCCGUGGGGAUGGAAACCCAAACUUUAUUUGCGUGGAAGACAACAUCCCAUAAGAGACCAAGCGUUUCCCGGUGUCCGUGCGGGGGCACGGCGGGACGGGGUGGCUUGGUCAGAGGCAGGAGCUGGUCCGCCGAGGGAGGCAGGCUGGGGUGGGAGCGCCGGCGAAGCUCUCGGCCCGAACGCGAGGCUGGGCGGCGAAGGAGCACGGGCCGUCCCUCGCCCGUUUCGCGUGCCACGGGCAGAACGAGGUUCUUCGCCUGCUGGGGGGAAACGGCGGCGUUUCCCACGAGGUGCGUACAGGGACUAACGGGUCCGGCAUUAGCCGCCCUCGUCUGGGAGCCGUGUCCUCGGGCACCGCAGGCGUGGGCGCGCUGGGGGCCGCGUGGCGUGGCGUCACGGCCCGAGCGAGCGGGCAGGAGGCCCCCGCAGCACGGUGGGACAAGUGGGGCCGGUUUUAGCUACAGCUACAAGUCACGACCAGCGAUGCAAACUCGGGCAGGGCACCAUCAAAAUUCAGCGGCUGGUAACCGUAUCUGGGGACCUGUGGGGUGAUGGCAGAUGGCUGAAGGAGUUUUUCUUUAUGAACUGAAAAUGCAAACGUGGAAUCGCUGCCCGCACCGAUUUUCCCCCCAAAGAGCUCACGCGCUAAUAGAGACUGCUACACAUCUCCUCAAUUAAGCAGUCAAGACGUGCUGAAUAAUAAAUGAGCACAGAAAGGCCUCGGCUGCAGCUGGGACCGAGUCCCCAGGUAACUGCGGCGAGCGCAGCGGGUGCACGCUGCCCUGGCAGAGCGCUCCCAGCCCCCGGCUUUGCCAGGGAGGCUCCUCACCGAAGAGCCCGGCUUUCUGGCCGUAGCCAGCGCCUUGUCCCUCGCCUGUCCUACCCAGCCUCUGGGAGCCUACAGCGCUGGCGGGGAGGACCGAGCCCAAAGAGCCAAGCAACCCGCCAUCCCCAUCCUUCACCCUUCUGCUCACAGCCUGCCAGUUCCCUGCCACCUUUGUACCUCCGCUACUUAGACCACUGCCCACUUUAAAUGAUUUAUGGGGGGUUAUGUGUAUACAUAUGAGAAUAAAGUAAAAGUUAAUUAAAAGAUAUGAUCUACAUCAAGCAAGACCAUCAAGUGUCUGUUACACUAGAUGAGGUAGAUGAGUCCUCCAUCCUGCUCAGUUUUAACAUUUAUUUUUGGGCAAAGCGUGGGCACAAUGGCGUUUUACUCCCACCUUGGGUGGCAAUAUACCUUUGUUUAAAAGACUGUAAGGAGCAGAGAAGUGAAAGGAAUUAAUGUAGUUUGAGGUUAUUGCUUGGGUGGGCAGGGGAACAUGAAAAUUCAAAACAUCCCAGCAGCCUGUAGAUGUAGGCAAACUCCUGGCUGUUCAGGCAACUGAUUGUUCAAUAAAUGCAAACGGACAAAGCGAAGCAUCGCUGAACUUGAGAGAUAAAGGUCCUAACAAUAGAGGCUUUUGACAGUGUGAGUCCAUUUUUUUUUGCCUGUUUAUAUAAGUAAAACCCAAUUUGAGCAACUGGAGCAUCAGCUCUUUACAGUGAAAGAUGAUUUGGCUGGAGCAGCCAAUAAGAUCAUGUAAGAUCCUCUAAAGAAGGCCCAAAAUAUGUAUCCUCAUUUCAUUAAUAAAUGGCUUGAAUCCAA